CGAGAGAGAGCUGGGCGGGGUCUCUUCGGGAGGAGCCGCGGUUGUUCGCUGUCUCGGCGGAACACUUUGGUGCAAGCAAUCCGAGCCGCUCUCGACCACCCGGCUCGCCAGGCAAAGUUCUGUUGAUUUGUGAACCAUGCGUGAAUACAGUGAAAGCAAGGAGACAUGUGUGACCAUCUGUCUCAAAUACCUGCUGUUCAUCUUCAACUUCUUCUUCUGGCUGGCAGGAGGAGCUGUGAUGGCAGUGGGCAUUUGGACCCUGGCUGAGAAGAGUGACUACAUUAGUCUCUUGCAGUCUAAUAUAUACCUGGCAACAGCCUACAUUCUGGUGGUGGCAGGUGCUGUUGUCAUGAUUACUGGCAUAUUGGGUUGCUGUGCAACCUUCAGGGAACAACGGAGUCUGCUGAAAGUGUAUUUCAUACUGCUGCUCUGCAUCUUCCUGCUUGAGAUAAUUGCUGGAAUCCUGGCCUGUGUCUAUUACCAGCAGCUGAACAACGAGCUGAAGGAAAAUCUGAGAAACACAAUAAUCAAGAAGUAUAGGAAGGAAGGAGAAGAGAGUGUGACUAAUGCGGUGGACAAACUUCAACAGGAGUUUAAGUGCUGCGGCAGUCAUAAUUACACAGACUGGAGUGACAGCUAUUGGUACAAAGUUGAAAAGGAAGGAAGGAAGGUCCCAGACAGCUGCUGCAAGACAAUAACUGAAACAUGUGGUAGAAGAGAUCAUCCUUCAAAUAUCUACAAAGAGGGUGGCUGUAUCACAAAGCUGGGAAACUUUAUCCAGGAACACUUGAUAAUUAUCGGAGCUGUGGGACUCAGCAUUGCAUUUGUACAGAUAUUUGGGAUGUGCUUUACUUGCUGUCUGUAUAAUAGCUUGAAGUUAGAGCCUUACUAAGAGCUCAUGGAUUGCCCACCUGUUCAAUUCCUUCACGUUCCAGCCCAUCACCCUGAUCUUUUCUACAGCAGCACAGAACUAUCAACCUUUCCAGGACUUUGCUGCUUCAAGGAACAUCACUGUAGGUUCACCCAGUGUCUCUGCCAGAAAUAAUAGUCCUCCUUGAGUCAGUAAGGAGGGAAUUCAAUGCUCAGCUAAGUUAUUUUUUCCCCCCACUCCAACAUAAUGGAGCUGUAGAAUGCAAUCUGGUUGAAUUCUUUACAAGCACACAAUCUGAAAGAGUUCCUCAGAGCUCCCAAGGACAUGGUACCUCAGAGCUCCCAAGGACAUGGUACCUCCCAAGGACAUGGUCCCAAGGACAUGGUACCUUUCUCCCAAACCAUCAAUCAAGGUCUUUGAGCUCUGAGAUAUGACAACUGAGCAUUGUGUGCAUGCAGUAGAUGCUUUCUUCCUUUUCCUAAAUAUAAUGUCUUUCUGGAAGUUUUCAUGACAUCUUACCCAAGAGAAUAGCUCUAUCUGUCAAUAGAUACUUCUACUGGGAAAAUUUUCCUCCUGAUCUCCUACAGGAUGCUACCCAGAGAUGGAUGAAUAAGGUUCCCUGCACAUUUUUUCCCCCUUCGAGGAAUAUUUUUGUCCUGGAGAAAAAUAUUCUUUUGUGUUUCUCAAACCAAGUGUUGAAAGACAUUAUUUUGUUCACAUAAUUAGAAAUUUUCAACUUUAAAAAAAUAUAUCAAAAACUGAUUUCGUGCUCAAGGAAGGCUGUUGAAAUAAUCCCACUUUGUGGAAUGCAGUAGUAACUUUUCAUAGAAUUAGAUCCAUUUCCAGAAUGACAUCUCUUUUCAUUGGGGAAAAAUAUAUUAUCAAGUUUGAAGACUGAUAUGAAAGUCUCAUUUACCAGCCAGGUAUGACCCGAUAGGAAGAGAUCCACAACUUUGCUCAUUAGGAUUCAUUAGGAAAAAUAAAUGUUGAGUAGGUGGUGUCUUUUCUAAAAAGGGAUCCUUAAAAAUUGAUCAGCAAAGUGAUCACUGCCUCUUUGCAGCCAUAGUAAUACUCCAUCUGUUGCCGUGGAGGAGGCUGACCGGGCGCUGGCUCCCACCACUGGAUUUAUUAGAUUUCCCAAGAAUUCAUCCACAUGGAGAAUUCCUAGAGAAGAUGCCUAUCCUUUAAAGUUCUUCGGGGUCCAAUUGGCAUAGCCAUUGCUAGAACAUUUCUUGUCCCUUCCUCCUUCCCAUUUUGGGUUUCAAGUAUAAAGUUUUUUAGUUAAUGCACAUUUGCCCCUCAUCCACAGCAAUGGGCACUUGAGUGUGCAUUUUAAAGUGUUCGCUACGGAUUGUGGUUCCUACAGCCCCUGGCCAUUAGCCAUGCCAGUUGGGUUUUUUGGGGAGAUGCAGUCCAUACAGUAUUCAUAGGGGGUAGAUUGCCUAUCCCUGGUUAACAGACUACUGCCUGUAAGGUCUGUGAUGCUUUGGAGCCUAGCAGGGAAACUGUUGUUUGGUUUAUUUGGAAGCUGUUAGUACCAUUCUCCAUUUUCCCCAUCUCUUCCCUUAUCGGUUCUUUUGACAGAAUUGGCAACAAGGGAAGUCACUUGAUCUGAGACUUUUUUUUUUCAGCCAGGACCUUUGUAUAUUCCCUACCCCACUGCAAAAUCACUAUUCAUUCUCUCAGAGAAAGGAAAGGUGGAAAAAAGUAUUUUUUAAAAUCUCUUUCUUUACUGCAAAUACUGUACCUAACAUUAACUCACACUGUUCUGAAACUUCCAUGUUGUUGUUUUGAGUCCAAGAGACGAAUGUUCAGAAAGCAAAUGGGAAGAUGAGAAGACAAAUCUUCCUUUUGUAAAUGUUCACACAGGAAGGGAGGGGGGAAAGCUAUUCUCAUUGUAAAGGUUGACAGGUCUUAAAUUAUUGGCAGAAAUUCAUUUCUAUAAUUAGGGGUGAAUUAUUUCCUGAAUACGACAUGGUGUGUUCCUUGAGAAAUGAGUUAUUAAUUAAACUACUGCUAUGAUAGCUUGAAAUGAUGUUUGACUACUGAAAUGUACACGCACAUUGGCUAGCUUUCUUUCCCCCUUCUUUCUGGGAAUCAAAUAGUGCCAUGGUAUAAGCAGACCAGAUAUGCUGACUGGUAAGCUGUGCCUGCUCUUUUUUUUCUUUUUUUAAUAUAUAUGUAUAUAUUAACCAUGCUUAAAUGCGGUUUAUGUUGCUGGCCAAUAAAGUUAAACAUGUCUUUAUUUAUAAAG